GAGGGAGAGAGAGAGACCUGGUUUCUCUAACACUAAUCUUGUCCUCGCAAUACACUCGCUCUAUGAGCGCAAUUAGAUUCAGCACCGUUUCCAGAGCCUCUGCAAUGACUCAUUGAAACGUCUUCUGUGCCGCUAAAGCCGCAUCUCUUUUCUCCCGCGCCACGCGCACACACAGGACGUACAGCCGGGCUGCCUGUCAGCACAAUCGGGACUGCGCUUCUUACUUUGGAUUUUGCAGGAGGCUGGAGGUGGACUUCAUUGUGUUUUUCCCCUCUAUGUGGCGUGUGUUCCGCCUGAAGUCGGGACUUACAUAAAAGAGUGAGACGUCUGAGGAUAUCCCAUCAAGCUGGAGCCCAGGUAACCACAGAGCAUCCUAGGAUCUCUCCUGUUCUGGACAGGGGGGUUUAACAGCAGGCGCCAAUCUCCAUGCAGGCUCUCAGGAUGGGGAGUUGUGAGGAAGCUGCUCUGUUUGGCUGGGGCUCCUUCACUCAGCUCGCAGCCUGAGGAGGAGUAGGAAGCAUCUCGGUGGAGGGGCAGGGGGGGGCACCGAGGACCCAAGGGUGGACCACAACCGUGACCUGCCAGGCUCAGCACAACAGUAGCAUGUCAGCGCCUGGAGGCCCUUCAUGGAUGUGUCGCUCCACAGCAAAGGCCAACCUUCUGCUGUGGAUGGGGCUGGUGUCCAUCUGCAUGGAUGCUGUUCAGUCCCAGCACCACCCAGUGGUCACCACCAAUUAUGGAAAAUUGCGGGGAGUAAAGGUUACAUUACCAAAUGAGAUCCUGGGACCAGUGGAACAGUAUUUGGGGAUCCCGUAUGCUCUGGCCCCAACGGGGGAGCGGAGGUUUCAGCCGCCGGAGCCACCCAUGUCUUGGCCAGGCAUCAGGAAUGCUACUCAGUUUGCUGCUGUUUGUCCUCAGUUCUUAGAGGACCGCUUUUUGCUCAAUGAUAUGCUCCCUGUGUGGUUCACCGCCAACUUGGAUACAGUGGUAACCUAUGUGCAGGAGCAGAGCGAAGACUGCCUUUACCUAAACAUCUACGUCCCCACAGAGGACGGGGCCAACUCAAACACGCAAGGCGCUGAUUUCAACAGUAAUGAUGGUGGCGGUGAUGAAGACAUCCACGAUGAGAAUGGGUUAAAGCCAGUCAUGGUUUACAUCCAUGGAGGCUCCUACAUGGAGGGAACCGGCAACAUGAUCGACGGCAGCAUCCUGGCCAGCUACGGGAACGUCAUCGUCAUCACAAUCAACUACCGGCUCGGUGUUCUGGGGUUUCUAAGCACAGGAGACCAGGCAGCCAAGGGCAACUACGGCCUGCUGGAUCAAAUCCAGGCUCUCAGGUGGAUCAAAGAAAACAUCCAGGCCUUCAAAGGAGACCCAAAGAGGGUGACCAUUUUUGGCUCUGGCGCCGGAGCAUCAUGCGUCAGCCUGCUCACCCUCUCACAUUACUCAGAAGAUCUGUUCCAGAAAGCUAUCAUCCAGAGUGGCACAGCACUGUCCAGCUGGGCAGUCAACUACCAGCCUGCCAAGUACACGCGAGCCCUGGCUGAGAAGGUGGGCUGCAACAUGCUGGACACCAUCGACCUGGUGGAGUGCCUGCAGAACAAGAACUACAAGGAGCUGAUCGAGCAGUACAUCACACCUGCAAAAUACCACAUCGCCUUCGGGCCUGUGAUUGACGGCGACGUCAUCCCAGAUGAUCCGCAGAUCCUAAUGGAGCAAGGCGAGUUCCUCAACUACGACAUCAUGCUGGGGGUCAACCAGGGUGAGGGGUUUAAGUUUGUGGACGGCAUCGUGGACAGCGAGGACGGGGUGUCUGCCAAUGAUUUUGACUUUGCUGUGUCCGACUUUGUGGACCAUCUCUACGGCUACCCGGAGGGCAAGGACACUCUGCGUGAGACCAUCAAAUUCAUGUACACGGACUGGGCGGACAAGGAGAACCCAGAGACCCGGCGCAAGACCCUGGUGGCUCUGUUCACCGACCACCAGUGGGUGGCCCCGGCAGUGGCCACAGCUGACCUCCACGCCCAGUACGGCUCACCCACCUACUUCUAUGCUUUCUACCACCACUGUCAGAGCGACAUGAAGCCCAGCUGGGCCGACUCGGCUCAUGGUGACGAAGUACCGUACGUGUUUGGAAUCCCCAUGAUCGGCCCCACGGAUCUCUUCAACUGCAACUUCUCCAAGAACGACGUGAUGCUGAGCGCCGUCGUCAUGACCUACUGGACUAACUUCGCUAAAACAGGGGAUCCAAAUCAACCGGUUCCACAGGAUACAAAGUUCAUCCACACAAAGCCCAACCGAUUUGAGGAGGUAGCCUGGACCAAGUACAACCCCAAAGACCAGCUCUACCUUCACAUUGGCCUCAAACCUCGAGUCCGAGACCACUACCGCGCCACCAAGGUGGCUUUCUGGUUAGAACUAGUUCCCCAUCUCCACAACAUAAAUGAAUUUUUUCAAUACGUAUCCACCACCACCAAAAUACCUCCACAGGAUACCACCCCUUACCCUUACACCAAACGCUUCCCUGGCAAAAACAACUGGCCAUCCACCACCCGCCACCCGGGGGUCCCACCUGCCAACACCAAACAGACCACUGACCAGCGCAAGAGUGGCGAUCUGACCGAUGAGUCGACUGUGGUGAUCGAGACCAAGAGGGACUACUCCACUGAGCUCAGUGUCACCAUCGCAGUGGGAGCAUCCCUGCUCUUUCUGAACAUCCUCGCCUUCGCUGCACUCUACUACAAGAAAGACAAGCGGAGGCAUGACUCCAACCGGCGGGUCCCCACCCCACAGCGCAACUCCGCACCAGCCAACACGCCCUCCACCGCCAAUGACGUGGCCCACCUGCAGAGCGAGGAGCUGAUGUCUCUGCAGAUGAAGCAGCAGCAGCUGGAGCACGAGCAUCACCAUGAGUGCGAGGCGCUGCAGACCCACGACACGCUGCGCCUCACCUGCCCGCCCGACUAUACACUCACGCUGCGCCGCUCGCCCGACGACAUACCCCUGAUGACACCCAGCACCAUCACCAUGAUCCCCAACUCGCUGGCUGGCAUGCAGCCUCUGCACAACUUCAAUACUUUCGGUGGCAGCCAGAACAAUACCAACUUACCCCAUGGCCACUCCACCACGCGGGUAUAGCUCCACUGGGACGCUAUGGCGCUGGAUUCCCUCUGGAUCAGCCACUAUCCUCGCAAGGCAAAUAUGAGUGGCUAACUGUGUGAAGCACAGACUUAGAAGAUGUUAUUUUGGUACCAUGUCUUCUGGAAAAGCAUAUACAGUAUAAAUUGAUCCUGAAAAUAUUCAAAGUGAAUGUUACUCUAGUAAUAACUCUGCUUGGAACUAAGCUUCAUGGAUGGUUUUUAAGGAGUUUGACCAAAAGAAAAGGCAACCAGGGAUGACUAUUAUGAUUCUUACAAUAUCAAAUGAACAGUUUCAGUGUGACAGAGAAGCUUUUGCAGAGACUUUUGUGCCAUAAAUACCAUACACAAAAGGACGACAGUGGCAGCCAUUGUCGAAAAGCAACAAAUAAACGUCGGAAUCAUCAUCUUUUCAUGAUCCUUCAUGCAUCAGACACCUGACUUGGGCACAGAAUUCUACACCCCAGCCUGAAAUGUAUUUAUGAAAAAUUUAUAAAAAAAAAGAAGAAGAAAAUAAGAAAAGAAAAGAAAAAGGUAUAUAGUUGUGCGUGGACAUUUUGAAACCUAAAAAAGAAAAAAAUAUGUAUUACAAGAGAUCCUUCUAUUGUUUUUUGUUAUUAUUUUGGCUGCCAUCUUUUGGGUUUCCCAGCUUGUGCUUUCUGUUUAGGUGCGUGUAAAUAUAUCUAAACAUUCAUUCUUCUUCUGAUCACAACCUGCGUUUCAAUAUUUUUCCACAGAACAACCAAAAUGCGAACACAAUCCCAUCCUCGGAGAGGUGCACGCUGUGCGUCUGCAGGUCAUUACAUCCAGUACUGUCUCGUACGUUGCUUUGUUUCCACUCUUCAGACAUCGCAUGUCCAGGAGGAGCUUUACUUCCAUCCUCAGACACGUCUCCUGUCUGAGAAUGAGCACUGACUCGAUCCCAUCACCUGCUGUCAUCCUGUUAUGCUUCUGAUAGUUUUCUUUGUGGGCUUUUUCUGUCUUGCAAUCUCAGCACUGCCUGAGCUUACAAUGUGACCAGCAAUGUAUUCAUUAGAAAUAAAAAAGGCAGUGAUUUUUUUGUAUCAAUAUUAGUUGGAUAUGUUUGUAAAGAAAUAUAUGUUAGAUAUUUCAAAUUGUCAUAUGCUAGCAAUAUGUAAAGUAUUGUGCCAGGCUUGUGAUAUUUCGGGUUACAAAAGCAAGUGAAUGAGUGUAAAUAUUAAUGAUAUUAAUUAUUAUAAAAUUACAACAAAAUUAACCAAUAACUCUUUUUCCUUUUUGCAUCCCAUUACAGAAAAUGGAAAAAAAUGGAAGUACAUCCAGAAGAUUUUAAGCUACAUUUGUAAAUUCUCUAAAAAGAUAUAUUCUUGCCAUUUGGUCCCUAAACCAGUCAAGAAGACGAGGGUUUUAAUGUAGAGUUUCAAAAUCCUUACUUUGUCUUAUUUUUGUUUGCGGUUUUGCCUUAAGUGAUAAUAGAGAUAUUUCUGGCUGGAAACCUGUAUAAACUUUUUCUGCAACAUUUUUAAUAAAAUAUCACAGUAUUUUCUAAAAAAGAGAAAAAAAAACACAUUUGUGUUUGAUUGGGUGGAUGUGUGUGACAAUGUGAUUGGAUGUCUGUGAAUGCCAAUUUUUAAAUACUUGAUUGGACUUUUUUUUUUGAAUACAGGUAUACCUAUAUUUAAAAGUCCAUUUUAUAACCCUAACCACUCUGCUACUCUUAGUUUGUCUUUUUGACAGAGCUACUGUUUACAUAUGUUCAUUAUGUUCAAUAGUUAAUGCUCUGGUGUUCUGUCCAUUGCUUCAGUUCAUUUAGUUACAAUGAAACUCAAUGCUUGGUGCAUGGUUUCACAUUGAAACAGCAGUUUAAAUGGUCCUGGUCGGAUUUUAAUGUGAAUUGACGAAGAAUUAAUAAAUAAAUAAAAACUCAGUGGUGGGUAAUAGCACAAAGUAAAAAGGUGGGGAAACAAAGCUGGGGUGGGUCAUGUAUUUUAAAAACAUCUUUGUCAUAUUUGUUGAAAUUCUCUUUACAUCCUGACAGCAAUCAAUAAAACAAAUGCACUAAAAUGCUGCUAAAAAUAAUCUCCUAUAACAACAUAUCAACUUGUUCAGCACAAGUUUGUUUAAAAGAGACACUUUGUGUUUGUGAAAUAAUAAGAAAGAUGUGUGAUAUAACAAGAUAAAAACAAUCAUUUUGCUAUCUAGUGAUGAUAACACAAUGAAAAAUGUUAUGACGUGAAAAGCAUCUUGUAAAAAGUUUCUCACAUAUAUCAAUAUAUGUGCAACGUUUCUCAUUACAGCUUCCCAUGAUGCAAUGAAACCCUCAUUUUCAAAGGCGGUAGAUUGACUCUUGUUGCAGGGAUGCGGCUGUGUGGUGCUUAUUCAGUUCGACUCGAUCAAUACCGGCAAUCUUGCACUUGAAACUUUUGAAACAUUGAAUUGCAUCUGCAAACAGUUUGGGCUCUGCCAGCUAAGCUAAAUCUCAGACUAUUACAGCCUUUGUGAAUUGCUGUUGUGCUCCGUAAGGGAAAAAAACACUAGUGAGCUGAAUAGCAAAGAGUGCCGCUGCCGUGGCUACAAGCCUCCCCUGAUACUCGCAUCCAGGCUUGAAGCAUCCUGUCUUCAGUCAAAGUGUCUAGAAAUCACCCUCUCCACUAGCACCACCUUACCUCCCGCCCACUCGUCAAUCUAUUGAUCCCCUUUGCAACAAGCCAAGCAAAUUAGCUUUUGACUUCAAACUGAAGUGACAGGGGGAAAAUUGAAAUCUUUAAUAGUAAUCUGCAGUUACUGAGGCGCAGUGGAUGUCUCCAUACAAUCUCCUGUGACAUUUGCAAAGCUCCCCCAUAAGUAAAGGUCGAUAUGGAAAAUUAUUUUUCAGGAGACGGGGAAAACUUUCUUUCAUUAGCAGAAUUGUUUGAUCCAUAAUAUAUGAUCCAGCAAACAAGCCUUAUACAUACUGAGAUGAAUAUUUAUUUCCAGACUCUUGUGGAAACAAAGCAGCACGGCUGUGCAGGCAUCCUUUUAAUUGGCAUGUUGUUUAUGCUGAGGGUAAUAGGGUCGGGGUGGGGCCCGGGGUGGCUGGAUGUGAAUACUGGCGACUUGACUGGAAGUUAAUUAAGCCGGCAAACAACGCUCCAUCACUCAAGCACGGUCCCAGAGCUGUCAUUCAAGUGCACCGCUCUCCAGGCAGCCAUUACCGAAGAAUAUCGAUCGGCACGGUGACAAGGCAGCGCACCAAAUGAGAGCGGGCAAGAGAUGAAGGAUUUGUGUGCAUGUGUGUGUGUGUAGGUUUGCAGUGAGCAGUUUCUAUGAACGCCACGCACAACCAGCUGCAGCCACCACCUCGGCUGUGUUCGCCAAGCUUGAAUUAAAAUGCAGGUAAAUACCUCAGCAGCCACGCCAGUUGAUUGCAUUCCCCUCCCUGGGUAGCUGGAGCCUUAAUAGAUGAAUAUGAAAUCUUCAGAGUCAAUAUAUACAGUAUGCAGUUAAGUGGUGAGAAAGCGUAGUAACGGUAUUGGCCUCCAGAAAUCCCCCCCCAGCAUCUUUUACUUACUUACUAAAAUAUUGUCCUCGACUCACAGCCUGCUCAAUAGUUUUUUCAUCAGUUGCAGCAUGAGGUCCCAGACCUGAGGAAUCUUCCACUUCGCUUGUUGUCCAUGUAAAUGAGUGACUCACAGCUGAUGGCAGCAAAGGAUCAUGGGGCUCAUGCCAGCUGAAUUUGGAAAUCCCCUGCCACAACACGGGCCGACACAAAGUUUCUAAAAAUGGCUGCCUCGUGAUAAUAAAUCAAAACUAUGUGUGUGUGUGUGUGUGUGUGUUUGUGUUCCUGUGUAGGUCUUAGGGAGACAGCCAUUAUAUAUUUUUUUUAUAUUGAUCUGUUGGCUCAAGUUAUUUUAAGUUAGUUUACUGUGGCACCAAGAUGGCAUAGUAUUGAGUGAAUUAGACAUAGAAAGAUUAUGGCAACAAUCAAUAUUAUUGAAUAGACUUGAAGUUAGAAUAGCAGUGGGAAUGUAUUGAAUUAAGUAACAAUGUGGUAAAAUGUGAAUUGAUAUAAUCUAUUUUAUUUAGUGAAUCCGACUCAAUUUAACCCAGAUAAUUAAUAAAUAUGAAUCAAUUUUACCCAGAUAUUC